UGUGCAUCUAUCACAGCCAUGAAACAAGAAGCUCUCUGAAGAGACAAGGUGAGGUGAACGACAUUGGUUUGAACAGAUUCCUGUUCCACGUUCAACUGGUGAACAACCCAGAGGCCUUGCUGACAGACAUUUGCAACAUUAUAUUCAAACCAACCAAACCAAGAAAGGCGCUGAUGAAAGAGAUUCAAAGUUCUGUUUCUCUGGACUGCAACAGAACAAAAUGGCAAGUCUAACGUAUCAUCUGCUGUCAGUUACAGCUGUUCUUGGUGCCGUUCAACUCGUUUGCGGUUACAGCUUUAACAACUGCAUUGAAGACCCAUACUCAAAUGGACAAAGUUUCAAGUGCAUCCGUCGACAGGACAAGAACAUGAGUGCUAUUAUAAAUGACCUGCCGCCAUCUGCUGUCAAUCUCACCAUCUCCAUUAAUCCUGUGUGGCACAUUCCCAACAGGAGCUUUGUUCAUCUACCAAACCUUCAACGCCUCCGAUUAGACAAUAAUAAGUUGAGGAUCAUCGACCAAUUUGCUUUCCAAAAAUUGUUUCAACUUCAGUCUCUAAAUAUGUCUUGUAACUCCAUAUCAGAGCUCAGCCCUUCUCUGUUUAAUGACCUGCACAACCUCACCUUUCUCUCACUGACAAAAAACAAACUAAAGCAGCUUCCAGAAGGCAUUUUCUCCACUGUUCUCAAGCUAGACACUUUAAUCAUGAGGCAAAACUUUCUGCUGAAUUUCUCAGGGAUUGGUCAGUCUGUGUCACAUCUACAACAUCUGAAGAUGCUGGAUCUUUGCUUUAACAAUUUGACCUCCCUUAACCACUCAAAUGCGUCACUACCCAAAUCCCUCACUACUUUAUACCUAUGCAGAAAUAAUCUGUCCACAUUAGGAUGCAAACGUUCAUUUCUUGGGUCCAUCCAGGUGCUAGAUUUGUCAUACAAUUCAUGGCUCCCUACAAAGGCUUUUCUAGGAGUGGAUUUAAGCCAUAUAAACUAUCUGCGUUUGCGUUCAACAAGUGUCAAGAUAGUGGAGUUUUUGAACAUUAGCAAUGUCUUUGCAGGUCAUGUUGAUUUCUCUGGCACAGGUCUAAAAAAUGACAACCUGCUCAUGGAGCUAUGCAUACUGUUAAAGACAAAGGUGAACGUAAUUAAAAAUUUGGGCCUGGGCAGUAAUGGGAUUAAGAAUCUAACAAAUUACACACUGCUCAAUUGUCCUGAAAUCAAAGAGGCUUUGGAUCUAUCCCACAACCAACUGAAAAUAACAAGGUGUCUUAACUUCCUCAAGGGACAGACGCAUAUAAAAAACAUCAGUGUAGAGCAUAACCAUCUCACCCUCCUCCCAUCCUGUAAAAAUCCAACUAUGGUUUAUUUCCCAAAUCUCGCAGAGCUGAGCUAUCGUUACAACCGCAUCCUCUCAGUCAACUCUCUUGCUUUCUAUAAUACACCGAAUAUCAGAACGCUGAAGUUAAACAUAAACACAAUUGCUUUUCUUGAUCGGGCAGCUCUCAAAGGGCUAAAAAGGCUUAAGACGCUCCGUUUAGACAAUAACCUCUUAACUGAUUUGUUCAAUAACACCUUUGAAGAUCUUUUGAACCUGCAAACCCUUAACCUACGAAAUAAUCGUAUUUCUGUCAUUUUUAAUGGGACCUUCCUCAAUCUUGGCAACCUGACUACACUGGACCUAGGAGGUAAUAAGAUCACUUAUUUUCAGCCAUCUGGCCUUGAAGGACUUAAACGUCUGUCCAAAUUCUAUCUAGAUGGAAACAAUCUCAAAAACAUUGACAAUUCACUCCAUUAUGCAUUUCAAGGCACGCUAACAGUGCUGGAUUUACAAAGUAAUGAGAUUUACUUCCCCACUAAAGGUAUCUCUUAUUCACCAUUUAUGAAUCUCAGCAAACUCAGCGAUCUGAAACUGGAUGGGCAGCGGCCUCAUGGCCUUGGUGCUUUACCCCCCAGAUUUUUCCGUGGCCUCCACUCACUGAAAUCUCUGUAUCUCACCAAAAAUAACAUCUUUCAUCUUGCUCCUGAUGGCUUUGAUGAUGUGACAGGCUUACACUUCCUGUCACUGGACUACUGCUGUGUUGGGGUGACGCAGCUAGAGCCAGGAGUCUUUAAAAAUCUAAGAAAUUUGACCAAAUUGAUUGUCGAAGGUAUGGGCAUUCAAAACUUCUCUAAAGAGGUUUUUGGGAAUCUUACACAGUUACACACACUUCAGCUCAACCGCAAUGUGAUGCAGAGCAUUAAUGUCGAGGCACUAGAAAGUUUACCAAAACUCCGCUACCUUGACAUUCGUGAUAUUCCUCUAAGCUGUACCUGUCAGAACAGCUUGCUGAAAAACUGGACUGUGAAUAACCAAAAUGUCCAGGUGGUCUAUCUCUACAGCCUGCUGUGCCCACACGAUGCAAAGCACAAAUUCCACAACUUUGAUAGCAAGGUCUGUUAUAUAGAUCUAGGAGAGUACCUGUUCUUUAGCACAGCUCUUGCGAUCUUUCUAUUCACUGUCACUCCUUUACUUUAUGUCAAACUCUACUGGAAAAUGAGGUACAGCUACUAUGUGUUUUGCGCUUGGUUUAGCGAGCAGUGGCGCAGAGUCAGAGAGGAGGAGGAAAACUGCAAAUUUGAUGCAUUCAUUUCUUAUAAUUCCUCUGAUGAACAAUGGGUCAUGGACCAGUUGCUGCCCAACUUGGAGGGAAAGGGAUCGUCUUUCAAACUUUGUCUACAUCACAGGGACUUUGAGCUGGGCCGUGAUAUUGUGGACAACAUUGUCUCGGCUGUAUAUGGCAGCCGUAAAACCAUUUGUGUGGUGAGCAGGAAUUUUCUAAGAAGUGAGUGGUGUUCUCUGGAGAUCCAACUGGCCAGCUACCGACUGUUCGAUGAGCACCGAGACGUUCUCCUGCUUGUGUUUCUGGAGCAGAUCUCUGAGAGGCAGCUGUCGUCCUACCACCGCAUGAGGAAAGUGAUGUUAAAAAAGACCUAUCUGCAGUGGCCUGGCUCAGACUGCACUAACCCCACGCAGGCUCAAGAACUGUUUUGGACUCAGCUACGUAGGGCAUUAAGAACAGGAAGCAGAAUCGAAUCAGAAGAAAAUCACAAAACUGAAGGUGACACUCACACAUCAAAUGAAAACUAUUACUUGCAACCUUAAAAAGAAUUUACAGUUUUAUUUGUGAUUUAAUAAGAGUUAUCUCUUGAGAUGACAGGUAUUGCAAUUACAUUUAAUACUGUGUUUUCAUAAAAUAAAUGGGCACAUGACACAUAUCUUUGCUGACUGUGAACAAAAAGUAUUGAUGGUAUGAACUGAAUAGAGUAUUGUUUUUUUAGUUUGUCAAAGAAAUGUUCACAGGCAUGUCUCUAUGCAGACCUUCCCCGCACAUUAGUACAGUCUCAUUGGGGGAAAGGACCAGUGCUCGGAGCUUGGGAAGGAAGAGAGGGGAGGUGCUGGGUCUCUUUCAAGCAUGUGCGAUGGUGGGUAAUGCGUCAUGUCAGUAUGGUGGGACCUGAGAGGAGGGCAAGUUGACGGGUGACUGAAAGGCUGGAAGUUGUUUUGGUGAGGAUUGUUAAUUUGGGCAAAGGAAGAGGGAACAAAAGAAUAGUCAGUUUCAAAUCGGUCUUGCUCCUUGGGAAAGUGCACUGGCUCUGCUGAAUGUCUAUGUGGCAGCUGUGCUUGGUAAGGAAAGAAGGGCUGGGUGUUGCUGUCAUUGUACUGAAACCCACUGGUCCUCUCUGUCACUGCUCUGGUGCUAAAGUUGUUUUUAAAGGAACCAAAUGUACCAGCCUCUUUGCACUUUGGCCUGUUGAACCUCCAGUGCUGAGAAGCUGAGGCUUUGUCACCCCAGCAUGAGGUGGGAGAGGGAGCGAACAAGUGAUCAAUGGCUGGUACUCCAGAGUGCUCAAAGUCCAUGCAGAACUGAGGAGUGCGAGUAGGUCUGAAGAUAUCAUCCAAAAAGCUGACAGAAGUCUCCACAGGGCUUGCCAACCAUUCAGCUGUCUUUACAUGAAAACCAGAAAACAUGAAUCCAAGGGUAAUGGAAUCUUAAAUUAUCUGAGGCUUACUUUAAGAUAACAGCUGCGAUCUUAAGAGAGUGUCAGAAGAAACAUAAGGUCUUACCUGUUUCAGGUGUAGCUGUGAACCGGACUGCCUACUUCUUGUCUGUUUUAAAGACAUUCUUUCCUGGGUGUCAAAACGUAGCUGACUGGUAUCAUUGGCUUGAAACGCUGCAUCUAAAAAGAAGGAAGUACAAUCAAGGAAGAAGACUGCAAGUGAGUAAAAACAGAUGUUAACAAUUAGCUUUUUAAACUAUGUUUAGAAAAUCAGCUUUGCAAAUGUUUUGGAAGGAAAUGUAAAAUUCACUUUAUUGCUCAUUAGGAACAAGGAGGUUACGCUUUGGGUCCAAUUUUUUGUUUUGUUUGUCUGUCUGUCAGCAGAUGAGAAUCUAAUGUGUGUCUAAAAUGUUUUUUGCAGAAAAGAAAUGUUUAAUGAGUUGUAUAAUACAUUA